CCCAGCUCUCACUCGCCCGAGACCCUCUGCCUCUCGCACUCGCCUCCUCCUCCACCCUUGAGGGAGAGCGUCAGUUGAGGCUGAAGAGGCGGAGUCCUGACCCUCUUGAUGGAGAGUUCUUAGGAGCGAGGAGAUGGAAAGAGGAGGCGCGAUGAACACCACGGACUACAACAACCGCACUCCAACCCCGGGGACCCUGCUCUCCAAGGAGGACGCGGCGGGCAGGCGGGUCUCCUCGGCGGGAUGCUACGAGCAGCUGCUGAUCUCCACCGAGGUCUUCCUGACCUUGGGCAUCAUCAGCCUGCUGGAGAACAUCCUGGUGGUGGUGGCCAUCGUGAAGAACAAGAACCUGCACUCGCCCAUGUACUUCUUCAUCUGCAGCCUGGCGGUGGCCGACAUGCUGGUGAGCGCCUCCAACGCCUCGGAAACCAUCGUCAUCGCGCUCAUCAACGGCGGCAGCCUGAGCGUCCCCGUCACGCUGGUCAAGAGCAUGGACAACGUCUUCGACUCCAUGAUCUGCAGCUCGCUGCUGGCGUCCAUCUGCAGCCUGCUGGCCAUCGCCAUCGACCGCUACAUCACCAUCUUCUACGCGCUGCGCUACCACAACAUCGUCACCUUCCGGCGGGCCACGCUGGUCAUCAGCAGCAUCUGGGUGGGCUGCAUCGUGUCGGGCGUGCUCUUCAUCGUCUACUCGGAGAGCACCACCGUGCUCAUCUGCCUCAUCAGCAUGUUCUUCACCAUGCUGGUGCUCAUGGCCUCGCUCUACGUGCACAUGUUCCUGCUGGCGCGCCUGCACAUGAAGCGCAUCGCCGCGCUGCCGGGCAACGGCCCCGUGCAGCAGCGGGCCAACAUGAAGGGCGCCAUCACGCUCACCAUCCUGCUGGGCGUCUUCGUGGUGUGCUGGGCGCCCUUCUUCCUGCACCUCAUCCUCAUGAUCAGCUGCCCCCGCAACCCCUACUGCACCUGCUUCAUGUCGCACUUCAACAUGUACCUGAUACUCAUCAUGUGCAACUCCGUCAUCGACCCCAUCAUCUACGCCUUCCGCAGCCAGGAGAUGAGGAAGACCUUCAAGGAGAUCUUCUGCUGCUCGCACGCCCUCCUGUGCGUGUGAACUUUGACCUCCCGGGGCCCCGCUUGACGUGAGACGCGACGUGGGCUCGAAUUUUUCUUUUAGGGAGUGGAGUUCUAAGCCCGCCUUCGUGGAAAGAAGCCUCAUUCUCGCACGCCAGCGACCCAUUACUUAUGCCCACAUGGCGUUCAAAGUGCGGCUCCUCGCUAUCGGCAAUUGGAUGCAAGAAGAGAGAAAAUGAAGUGAAAAAAAGAGCAAAAAGGAAAGUCGCACAUAACGCUAAUGAUCAUAAAAAAAAAUAAUAAUACGCUUUGUUACGCUUGAAUGUAUAACUUCUUAGCACGUCCUCUGCAGAGGACAUUUUUGUUUUGCACAACAGGGCUAUGUCCCUUAAAAAAAAAAAAAGUAGAACUUAUAGGGGUGCACAAAAAAUGGAUUCACAUCCAACCCGCGAUUGUCAUUCAUCCCAAUUCUCAAACAUUUUGGGUAUUUAUAAAUGUAUAUAUAAAUAUAUAUAUUCCCUAUCGGG